CCCAGACGGAUUGCAGUAGAGUCUAAUGAGAAAGCUGACCGCAAAACUAUGAUUUUGAUUCGGGGGAGGUGGAGGUGCCACGGGUUACAGAUCGGAAAGAACGAUGUCUCAAUUGGCAGAAAGUGAGAGUGCAGCGCACUGCAUCCGACAGAUACGUGAACUCAACAAAAGCCAAAUGUCGCUCGGGUUGGGGCAACAUUUCCAUGGAAACCAUCGACCCAAACACUCGAAUCAUGAAGAUGCUGCUGCUACUUUGGGUGCUACUUGUUGGAUCUUCAGUUUUUGGUUCGCCUUUGGAGAUGCAACUUUUGGAUAUGAUGCUGCGCGAGGCGGAGGACUAUCCCAGCAAUGGUCGCGACCAGAGGGAUAUAUCCGUGUUGCCAGCAGCGUCGAUAGGUUGUGAUGACAGCGGCGAUUCACAGGAGCCGUUUAGCCACAUUUUCGAUGACUAUGAGGAGGACAAGGAGGAGUGUUUGGACUUUUUGCCACCCUGUGAACCAGCUUUCGAUGAAGGUCUACCCAUUGAACACCCGUGUUUCGUUAGGUUACUACUGCUGAAAACACCGCUGCUUAAACAGGAUCCCUGCGCCAAUUUCACCCUGGCGCCAGAAAGACCCCCCACCACAGCUAAACCCAAAACCAAGAAAUGCAAUCCAAAACGUAAAGCAAGUAAAAGUGCCACACCAAACGAACUACUGGCACUGGCCAGUAAUGGUACAAUUGCUUCAACCACAGAUGCACCAUUAAGUUCAACAACAGAAACUUCAACCGAUUCUAAAAUCAUAAAACUUAGAAAGUUAGUACCGAAGAUCAAAGCAAAUACCACAACGUCAACAACCACAACAACUGUGGAAACAACAACUGUAGAUGAGAGCACCUCACCAGCGGAAACCAGCACCACAGAAGAAGCGACCACACCGGAAACGACCACAGAACAGGAAACGACUUCAACACCAACCACAACAACUAGUUCCACAACAUCGACUACACAGCCGCCGUUUACAGAGAACCAAUUGAAGCGAUUGAAGGCCUUAAGGAACAGGAGAAAGAAUUCCAGGGCGAAGUCACCGAAAGUACCCGAUCCCCCACAGAUCAAGCUAGAUAAUGCCAGCCAGCCCAGCGAGGUUAUUCAGGUGAUCAUGACCACCGAAGCUGCUGAACUGAAGCUUCGACCGGAAGUGAGCACCAACACCACAACGGUCGUGCCUCCGACCACUGUCUCUACGACUACUUCCGGUCCGGAAACCACCACCUCAGAAAGCUGCGACGAAGACAUCACUGUGCCGGAAUUCUCAGGAUGUGAAGAUGACGAAGGUACUCAGAUGUCUGAAAAUAUAGUUACUUCCACUACAGAAGCACCUUGUGAAGACACAGAUGAGCAGGAUACGAAUCUGUGCCCACAGUUUAUGCCCAACCAAGGGCCUGCCAGUCCAAGACCACCUCCAUCUUUCCGUUUUCGAAAGCCCGUGAAAAACUAUGUGGAGCCCAUUUUGUACGAGGGAAACUUUGCCAAGCCACUUCAGCGAAUGGCGCCAGUGGGACCCCAGCAGCGGGAUUACUUUGUGUCCAAUAAACAAAUAGUGCCCAGACCAAGACCCAAGUACAGGAAACGCAUACCGCCCUCGAUCUACAUGAAUAACAUUGUGAGGGGCUUGGACUGCAGCGAUGAAGUUGCUCAGUCUCCCCCAAGAACCCCCAAUCAGCCGCAAAGAUUUUGGGGUGUGAGUCCUGUAGGUUUCCUUCAGCGGAGUCAGGCCUUGAUAAAGCAACAACCUGAGAGAAAUAUAAAAAGUUUUGCACCAGUGCCAAUUAAGAGAACGCCUUUCUAUCCAAGGAGCUCAGAGGAAACGGUGGAGAGACAGUAUAUGAUGGAAAGGGAUCCUGAACCGCGCCCGCAAUAUCACCAUUACCCUGAAGACGAAGUAUUUCACGAGGUUGCCCCACUCACCUCGCCUGCACCCAGCUUGGAUCCCUGUCUGCAGGAGCACGAUCAUGUCCUCUUUCGCCAGAGACCACAUCACCAACAAACUGAUCAUCUUGCAGACUAUCCCCAAGCACCCACUUCCGCGCACUGUUUCACCUGAUUAACCUGAUCCAUAACUUAGUUAGCUAAGUAGCACACAGAGCACCCAGUAACCAGUUAACCAUUCAAAAUAAAUAAGUGCACCUCCGAGCAAAAGCAAAAGCAAAAGCCAAAUCAAACCAUCAAUC